UCCUGUGUCUGAUAAUGUCCUCUGCCGGUGAUGGGGAUCGGACUGGGCGCAAGACGUCAUCCAAGCGCAAGCAUUUGGCGUGUAGGGAUUGUGACACCCCUCUAGCGGACUCCUAUGAAUUUAAUAGGUGUCCCUCUUGCCGUCCUCCUCCUCUGCCUCCUGAUACGGAGCCUACCAUACGGGACGUAGUAGUCUGGGUAAAGGACUUUGUGGAGUCCUCAAUGAACACCCUAAGGGAUUCCGUGUCAUCCAGAAGACCCAGUGUCCGAUCUCCUCUGAGACCCACUCCUAUGCAGGAGGAAGCCUACCAUACCGUGGACGAAGUCCAUUCCUCUGAGUCUAGCGGGGAGGAAGAAGAGGCUGGAAGAGCUCCUGCGACUGUCAAGGCCUACGCCAGGGUAAAGCGCAUUUUUCUUCUAUGGUGUGCAUCUCAUCAAGUACCAUCUCAGGAUCCUCCAGUAUCAGCUAUUCUUCAGUUCAUGCAGGAUGGACUAGAUAAGGGCCUCAGCCCUUCUACACUCAAGGUACAGAUCUCUGCUCUGUCAGCCGCCUUUGGCAGAUCUUUACAUCAAGACCCUCUGAUUAAGAGGUUCCUUAAAGGAGCCGUACGUCUUAAGCCUAGCAUUUCAAGACCUAUACCGCAGUGGGAUCUCUCAGUGGUGCUUAAAGGGUUGAGUGGUCCUCCCUUUGAACCCUUGGAAGAAGUGGACUUUAAGUUUUUAUCCUGGAAGGUAACCUUUUUGUUGGCCGUAACUUCGGCCAAACGCAUUUCAGAGCUUCAGGCUUUUUCGGCAAGAAACUUCCCUCCAUACUCUGGAUGUGGCCAGAUGUUUGAGAAUCUACAUUGA